AACAUUCCGAUUUUGUGUCAGUUUCAUUUAUUAUGAAAGGCAUCAGCAUCAGAAAUGAGGGACGAGAAGGUCCCUCUGAAAACUAUAAAAUAAUGUGGCAUUUCAUUUGCAUUCGGUGCCAUUUGCAGCUUUUUGUUAAAGCUAUAGCGAAUUGUUGGCCAUCAAAGAGGGAAAUAGUUUUAAAUGUUGGAAAAAUAGUUAGCCUGGUCUGGUAGCCAUUUGUCAGACGGAAUUUUAAAUGGGAUUCCGCUCGCUGGGAAUCCAAAACUCUAGCGGCAGGUGGCACCGGUGAUAAUUUGUAAUUGAUACGACCACGCGACCAUAAUUACAUAAUUAGAGAAAGGCCAGUAGCGAGGACAAACGCCUGUCGGGUAGAAAGCAAAGAGCAGCCAUGCCAGAGGAGGCCAUCGACAGUUUGAGCUUCAUCAGAAGCCACUGGACAGCAUGGUGGAUACUCGGAGUGGCCCACAAGCGAGUGCAGUCCUGGCGUAGCCUCUACGUCUGCCUCAGUGUGCUGGCCAAUGUGAUGGUCACAGUCGGCUAUCCGCUCCACUUGGCCCUGUCGCUCUUUCGCAACCGCACCCUCACCGAGGACAUCCUCAAUCUAACGACCUUUGUGACGUGUCUCGCCUGCUCCGCCAAGUGCCUCAUCUACGCCUACAAUAUCGACAAGGUGGCACGAAUGGAGCAGCUCCUGCGGCUGCUGGAUGAGCGAGUGAGUGGGAAAGAGCAGCGUGCAAUCUACGGCAAUGUGAAGCUCCAACUCCGCAUAGUCCUGUAUGUCUUCAUUGGCAUCUACAUGCCGUGUGGUCUCUUUGCCGAGCUGUCGUUCCUGUUCAAGGAGCAGCGGGGCCUUAUGUACCCCGCCUAUUUCCCAUUCGAUUGGUUAACCUCCACGAGAAACUACUACAUGGCCAAUGUCUACCAGAUUGUUGGCAUCUCCUUUCAACUCUUGCAGAACUAUGUCAGUGAUUGCUUUCCGGCGGUGGUGCUCUGCCUAAUAUCGUCUCACGUGAAGAUGCUCUACUCCCGCUUCGAGGAGAUUGGCAGGGAUCCAUCCAUUAAUGCGGAAAAGCAGCUGGAGGACUGCAUAACUGAUCACAAGCGCUUGCUCGAACUCUUCAGGUGCAUUGAGAGACUCAUGUCGGUGCCAAUGUUCAUCCAAUUCACGGUCACCGCUCUGAAUGUCUGCAUCAGCAUUGCGGCUCUCGUGUUCUAUGUAAGCGAGCCCAUGGCUCGAACGUAUCUCAUCUUCUAUGCCCUCGCUAUGCCCCUCCAGAUUUUCCCCUCCUGCUACUUUGGCACCGACAACGAGUUCUGGUUUGGACGCCUCCACUACGCCGCCUUCAGCUGCGAUUGGCCAAAGCAGGGCAGGAGCUUCAAGCGGAAGAUGAUGUUCUUUGUGGAGCGAUCGCUCAAGCAGAGCACAGCGAUUGCCGGUGGCAUGUUACGCAUUCAUUUGGACACAUUCUUCUCGACCCUUAAGAUGGCAUACUCCCUGUUCACGAUCAUUAUACGAAUGAGAAAGUAGGUCGAUAGUUCCUUUAAAAUCUGUUUUGACUAGUCCCCUUAAAUGCAAAUUUCAAUCGAUUAGAGGUCGCCAGAGCUAUA